AACCACUUCAAUCCCUUCAAGACUGUAACACGAAAAAGGUUAGCUCACUUCCUGCAGCUCUCCCCCUCCUUUUUCUUCUUCUUGUUCUCGAGGACUUCCUUGGCCUCCUCUCAUGUUCUUCAUGUGCCAUCUUAAUUAGUUGCACAAGCUGAGACCAGCAACGUCCUUGGCUAGCUGGAGAUGGAGCAUGACGUGCACCAGCAGCAGCUGGAGGAGCCCAUGGAGCUCCCGCCGGGCUUCCGGUUCCACCCCACCGACGAGGAGCUCGUCACGCACUAUCUCGCCCGGAAGACCGCCGACCCCACGGGCUUCGCCGCCCGCGCCGUCGGAGAGGCCGACCUGAACAAGUGCGAGCCAUGGGACCUGCCAUCUCGGGCAACGAUGGGGGAGAAGGAGUGGUACUUCUUCGUGGUGAAGGACCGCAAGUACCCGACGGGGACGAGGACGAACCGGGCGACGGAGUCCGGGUACUGGAAGGCGACGGGCAAGGACAGGGAGAUCCUGAGGGGCAAGGCCCUGGUCGGCAUGAAGAAGACGCUCGUCUUCUACACGGGGAGGGCCCCCAAGGGCGGCAAGACCGGCUGGGUCAUGCACGAGUACCGCCUCGAGGGCAAGCACGCCCCCGCGCCCUACAGCCUCCCCAGGGCUGCCACAUCCAAGCAGGACGAGUGGGUGCUGUGCCGGGUGUUCAAGAAGAGCCUCGAGCCGUCGGCGGCCGGCAGCAAUAACGGCGCCAGGAAAGGCGCGUGCACGGGGAUGGCGGCGGACGCCGUAGGGUCCUCCAUGUCCCUGGCCGACGCCGGCCUUGCCGCGCUACCUCCGCUGAUCGACGUGGCCGCCAGCGGCAGCUUCGCGCCACCGCCAGCGGCACACGUGACCUGCUUCUCCAACGCGCUGGAGGGCCAGUUCCUGAACCCGCCGUUCCUGCUCCCGGCGACGACGGCCGCGGCUGCACAUAGCGCCGGGGAAAAUAUACACAUCGCCAUGGAAUCCGCCGCCUCGCCCUUCUUUGCCAGCAUGUACACGCAGGACGUUUCGGGGGGCAUGGCGCACGAGUUCCUCCUGGACGGCGGCGGCGGCGGAUGGUACUCCAAGGGCGAGCGGGAGAGGCUGAGCGGCGCCUCGCAGGACACCGGCCUCACCUCGGAGGUGAACCCCACCGAGAUCUCCUCGUCGCGGCAACACAUGGAUCAUGAGCCGACCUUUUGGGGCUAUUGAGACCUUUCAUCAUUAUUCGAGUCACUGGAUUGGUAUGAAAAUUAUACUGUAGUAGUAGUAGUAGUAUUGGGUAUAUCUGGAUAGGUGCCAAUGGGGAAAAAAAUCAUCAUGCGUGACAAUAGUAGUUUGUGUGCUGUAGAUUGGAUAAUCCGAGAUGUAUUGUGGUAAAUACUCCGUAGAUAUUAAUGUGUGCUGUUUGCCGAUUCGAUCUUAAUUUUCUUGAAAUAUACAUAUUCUGGGA